CAAGGCGUGAUUGGAACCAUUAUUAAUGUGGUCAAAGGCUGAACUGGGGAAGAUCCAGCGGUUCAGAGUGCUCUGCGUUGACCAGUUUCGGAACUUGAUCUUGACAUCCCGUCGAGCAAAUGUUUUCGAAAACGCAGUGGCUGCCCACUCUUCAUUGCCGCAAGGGAUCAUGUAUGAAGAAAUUCCGUUCCUUCAAGACUUCAACGUGACCCUGGUGGUCCACAUCAUCUUCACGGGCCACACAGACUGCCAAGCGAUAUUCCGGCAAAACCUCAAAAAGACCUUACAUUGUCCUCCAACAGUAAGGUUUGAAGCCGAGCUACUAUGGGCGUCUUAGCUUCCCCGAG